AUGGCAAGUGACUUUAGCCGGCAUCAUCCGUUCUACUAUUACGGCCAGGAGACGAUGGCCCAGUGUUCUAAUGGUGGUGUUGCUGGUGGUGGUGGUGGUGUGAACAUUAAGAUGGAGCAGCAUGAGGGACCGACAGCACUCACCGAAUCGUACGGUGAUGGCGGAAUGUACGGAUUCACACAACCGGCAAACAACGGGUUGGUUGGUCAGCAAACUGUCACCACGAUUGCACCGAACGUGGUGAUGUUGCCGGGAUUCAUGGAUAACUAUCCCGACAGCUGGAUGACACCCAGCCCGUCCAGCUUUGGAUCCGAAAGUCCGGACUACUACUCGCUAGCCAAUUCGCCCCAGCGUAGCUUCAUCGACGUUGAAGAGUACAAAGAGAACCUGCUCGGUAUGCGACCUCCUCAGCAACAACAGCAGCAGCAGCAGCAGCAACACCAGUGCCUCCAGACCCAUAUGUCCUUACCGGCAACACUUCCACUGUCACCUCCUCUUGCUGCUCAAUCGCACCAGCCACAGCAACACCAGCCGUCGUUGCCGGGCAACCGAUCGGUAGGAGAGAUCUCGGUACAAUCCACGAACACCACAACGACCAGUCCGGUGACAAGCCUUCCGGUGAAAAAACGCCAAUACAAUCGCAAACCGAAGCCCAAACCGGAACAGCAACCGACGGGCGCGAUCGAAACCGACACUACCUCCACACUGGAAUUGUCCUGUCUGACGUCCUUCACCAAGACGGGCCAGGGCAAGCCGGUAUCUACCUCCACCAUCGCCGGGAACACUACUUCGACAGCAGCCCCUGUAGCGGGAAAACGGAAACGCAAACUGGUGCCACCGCAGAUCAAGAAGAAACGUCGACUGGCGGCGAAUGCCCGGGAGCGUAAGCGAAUGCAGAGCCUUAACGAUGCGUUCGAUCGAUUGCGCCAAUAUCUUCCAUCGCUCGGUAACGAUCGGCAGCUAUCGAAGCAUGAAACACUGCAGAUGGCACAGACCUACAUCACCGCACUGGCGGAACUGUUACAGUAG